AUGAUUCGGAGUUCGCAUGAUGGGGUCAAACGAUCGGACGGUAGAGGAUGGGUGAGUUCGAAGUAUUCUUUGGGCUCGGGUUCGGGUUUGGGUUUGGGUUUGGGUUUGGGUAACGAUGAGAGAGAUGGUGAGGAUGGUUUGAAGAAGUGUUCUGAUGAAGUGGAGUGCGUGAUGAGGACUAAGGAGAGGUGGUUACUAGUAACUUAG